AUGUACAAGGCUGCAAGGACUAAGCGAAAUUGUACCGGAUACUGUAGCUAUGUAAGUCAGUGUAGCUUGGCGCCAAGUCCCACAGAGCUAACCUUGGAAGUGGCACCUCGAACCCGUGAUGAGGUAGUUAAUCAGCUUUUUCCUUCAUUUUCCGGCCGUCGGAGUUUAACCGCCGGUGGAGAAAACCUCCCGGAAGUCUCCACUUUCAGGGUCCCACAGAUUCUUGUUGGGAAAAUAAAGAUGAUGAAGAAUAUGAUGGUGCUUUCCAGUUCUGCUACAUUCAUUUCUAGUAAUUUCUACCCUUCUUUCCUGUUGCCAUUUCACCACUCCUCCUCCGUCAUGGGACAAAAAAGAGUAAAUUUUUUUGUUUUGGGUUUUCUCAGUUUGAACUGUUGUAAAAGAGCAUCGGGGGAAAAUUCUGCCCACAGAUUUUCUAGUAAGAUAGAAGAUUAUGGCAAAAUCAGAUUUCCUGAUGUAUAUGCUCCUCGAGCCCAACAACAACAGCAGCAAUUGAUUGAGGAAGAAGCUCCACCAAUGACAGAGGUCAUUCCUUCACUAAGAGUUUCCCCAGGUCAGGCACAUCCACUUGGAGCAUCAGAGCUUGAGAAUGGUGUUAAUUUUGCCAUUUUUUCUCAGCAUGCAACUUCAGUCACGCUUUGCUUGCAACUUCCUCAGAGUCGGGAAAAGCUUGACACCUUGCAUGGAGAGAUGAUUGAAUUGACGCUGGAUCCUCAAGUGAAUCGAACUGGAGAUAUAUGGCACAUUUGUGUUGAGGAUUUGCCUCGCAGCAAUGUCCUGUAUGGCUACUACAUGGAUGGUCCUAAAGAUUGGAGUCAAGGUCAUCGAUUUGAUAGAAGCAUUCUGCUGAUUGAUCCCUAUGCUAAGCUUGUUGAAGGCCGGCGAGUUUUUGGAGAUCUUAACAAUAGAGGGUCACAGUUUUUAGGAACUUUUGACUUUGAUACCUUGCCAUUUGACUGGGGUGACGGUUACAAGCUUCCCAAUAUACCCGAGAAAGAUCUUGUUAUAUAUGAAAUGAAUGUCCGGGGUUUUACAGCCGAUGAAUCUAGUGGAUUGGAUCCAAGCAUACGUGGCAGCUACCUUGGUGUGAUUGAAAAGAUACCUCAUCUCUUAGAGCUUGGCAUAAAUGCUGUAGAAUUGCUGCCUGCCUUUGAGUUUGAUGAAUUGGAGUUCCAAAGGCGCCGUAAUCCUAGAGAUCACAUGAUCAACACGUGGGGUUAUUCAACUAUAAAUUUCUUUGCACCUAUGAGUCGCUAUGCAAGUGCCGGUGGGGGACCUGUCAGUGCUUCUAGAGAGUUCAAAGAAAUGGUUAAGGCACUACAUGGUGCAGGAAUAGAGGUCAUUUUGGAUGUUGUUUAUAACCAUACAAAUGAGGCUGAUGAUGAGAACCCAUAUACUACCUCUUUCCGUGGGAUAGAUAACAAGAUUUAUUACAUGGUGGAUUUGAACAAUGGUGGUCAGCUGUUGAACUUUUCAGGCUGUGGGAACACAUUCAACUGCAAUCAUCCUGUGGUCAUGGAGUUUAUACUUGAUAGCUUGAGGCACUGGGUCACAGAGUAUCAUAUCGAUGGAUUUCGCUUUGAUCUAGCCAGCGUUCUUUGUCGAGGAGCUGAUGGUUCUCCACUUAAUGCUCCCCCACUUGUUAGAGCAAUUGCUAAAGAUAGUAUCCUAUCACGGUGUAAGAUUAUUGCAGAACCUUGGGAUUGUGGAGGUCUUUAUCUUGUUGGAAGUUUUCCAAAUUGGGAUAGGUGGGCCGAGUGGAAUGGUGUAUACCGUGACGAUGUUAGAAAGUUUAUAAAGGGUGAUGCUGGAAUGAAAGGGAGUUUUGCAACUAGAAUGGCAGGUUCUGCUGAUCUUUACAGAGUCAACAAGCGCAAGCCUUGUCACAGUAUCAAUUUUGUUAUUGCACAUGAUGGGUUUACGCUAUAUGAUCUUGUUUCAUAUAACACUAAGCAUAAUGAUGCAAAUGGAGAAGGUGGCAAUGAUGGAAGCAAUGACAACUUCAGCUGGAAUUGCGGAGCUGAAGCACGAUUAAUAUCAGGAGGUCAUUUGACGCUGGCCAUUUUCAUUUUAAACCAAAAAAGUUUUGCUGCAAAUGCUGCUACUUGA